AGACUGUUCUACCACUCCAAUAACCAAUCAAAUCCCCUACAAGAAAAAUCCGUACAAAUUCCCAUGGAGAGAUCGGACCGUAUUCUGAUUAAUGUAGAUCUGACCAACCGGUACAGAACCGAAGAACCCUGAACAUCAUGUACGUACCGCCAUCUGCACCACACCCAAAGCCCUAAUUUAUCCACGAACCAGGCAUGCCAAAGUACCGCAUUAUCGCCCUUAUCCCUGGCGAAAAACUCUUGUACGGCCAUGAAUUUCCUGUUGCGAAGUUACGAAAAUCUUCCGUUGCGGGGAAACUAUCGAACCACACAUAAGCGCGCCUCGGGAAGUUCCUUGCUACCCCGCGUUUUUCAAGUAGGUUGUGGGAUAGUGGGGACUUCUAUUUAGCCAGCAUCGCAUUAGCGAAGAAAAAAGUUGUCCUGGGAAGACAGGGGAGGGACAGCAUGGGGAAUUGGAAAGCUGCCGAGCAUACAAGAGGAUCGAGGUUGCUAGAUGGAUGAAGAUAUUGUGUAUGUAUUGCCUGAGGAGGUCCAUUUCUUGUUUGCUGAACCGAUGUCCUUCGUUCUUCGACCAUGAGGCUUUUAAUCUUAUCCUCGGCGGCACUGCUGCUGCCCGCCAUACAAGCAUUCAGCAAUAAUACUAAUACCACUACUGCUCUUUACAAAAACCCCACCGCAAGUGUUGAUGAUAGAGUUGCUGACUUGAUGUCUCGAAUGACCAUAGAAGACAGUAUAAAGCCCAGUUUUUUAUUAUUUAUAUCCCUAAUUGUGCCUCAGUUUCUAAUUAUGUGAUACCACAGAGGCAGCGCAAUUAGUCCAGGGAGAUAUCUCAAACUGGGUCAAUACUACCAACAAUGACUUCAAUGCGACGGGUUUGGCAUGGAACAUGUACAAGCGAGCUGGGCAGUUCUACGUGGGCUAUCCGAUCUCACAGCAAUGGAUUUCAGAAGGGGUCAGAAAGGGACAAGAAUACCUCAUGCAAAAUACCACGCUGGGAAUACCUGCAUUUGUUCAGAGCGAAGGAAUUCACGGUUUCUUGAUCGGAAACGCGACCAUUUUCAAUUCCCCCAUAGCGUACGCCUGCUCAUGGAAUACGGACUUGGUCAAGAAAAUGGGUGCGGCUAUUGCUCAGGAGUCUCUAGCUUUGGGCGUGAACCAGAUUUUCGGCCCCCUUGGUGAUUUGGCCAGGGAAUUACGAUAUGGUCGACUUGAGGAGACGUUUGGCGAAGAUGGAUUUUUGGCAGGUGAAAUUGGGUAUAGCUAUAUCAAAGGUCUACAGGGAGGGAAUGUGAGUGCAAUGGUAAAGCAUUUUGCUGCUUUUGGGGUGCCAGAGCAAGGUCUCAAUACUGGACCUGUUCAUGGAGGAGAGCGAGAACUUAGGACGACUUACCUACCAUCUUACAAGCGCCAAAUCAUCGAUGGUGGAGCUUAUUCUAUUAUGUCUGCCUACUCAUCGUAUGACGGAAUACCAUUGGUUGCGAACCAUCAUAUUCUCACUGAGAUCUUGAGAGAGGAAUGGGGGUACAAAUACGUAAGCCAUUCCCACCUUUUCAUAUCUGGAGAAGGGUCAGGUUCUCUAUCACCUCAUCUUAGCCAUGUCAGUUGGACCUCUUACUAAUUGGCCAUUUUGUGGAUAGUUCGUAACAAGCGAUGCGGGUGGAACAGAUCGUCUUUGCAAGGAGUUCAAGAUGUGCGAAACCGCACCUCUAGAUAAAGAAGCGAUAACUCUUUAUGUGAGCAUUCCGAAGGAGAACAGAAUUUCAACUGAAAGUGCUAAUGAAUUUCAGGCACUGCCGUCAGGUAAUGAUGUUGAAAUGGGAGGAGGAUCAUACAACUUCGAAAACAUUCCGGAUCUUGUAGCUUCUGGGAAAUUGAGUCUCGAUGUCGUUGAUACCGCCGUAUCUCGACAACUUCGAGCCAAGUUUGACCUGGGCCUCUUCGAGAAUCCCUAUCUCGGAGCGGCAUCAAACGAAACAGGCGCCCUCAUCCACACACCUGAAAAUAUUGCACUUGCUCGACAGCUAGAUGCAGAGUCCAUUGUGCUUUUGGAAAAUCACGAACAAAUCUUGCCUUUGUCAAAGACAUCAAAUAUUGCUGUAAUUGGACCAAUGGCGCAUGGUUUUAUGAACGUAGGUGUUUUCCUCAAUACUUGUUCUUGCAAACUGACCGUACACAGUAUGGAGAUUAUGUUGUGAACGGAAGUUCGGCAAGAGGCGUAACACCUUUUGAUGGAAUUAAAGCUGCUAGCAGCGGAGGUAAGUGUCAGAUCUUCUAGCCCUAUUCAAAAGUUGCUAAACCAUUCCAGCUGUCACUUUUGCGAAAGGAUGUGAACGUUGGUCAAAUGACCAGUCAGGGUACGCUGAAGCUGUUGCAGCAGCAUCUGCGGCAGAUGUAGCUGUAGUCGUUGUGGGAACUUGGACUGUGAGUAUUCUGAAUUCCAAGAAAACCGAGAAAAGGAGCUUACAAUAUCCUAGCGUGACCAAUACGAAUUAUGGCAAGGUCUCAAUGCCACCACGGGCGAGCACGUUGAUGUAUCAUCUCUCAACCUGGUUGGAGCUAUGCCACACCUCGUCCAAGCCAUUAUCGACACGGGGAAACCUACUGUGGUUGUGUUUUCCUCAGGAAAGCCCAUUACGGAAGCCUGGAUCUCAGCCAGUGCCUCUGCUCUAGUACAGCAAUUCUAUCCAUCUGAGGAAGGAGGAAACGCGCUCGCCGAUAUCCUCUUCGGAGACAUCAACCCAAGUGGGAAACUGUCCGUCGGAUUCCCAUAUGAUGUUGGAACCACGCCGAUUUACUACGAUUACCUGAAUAGCGGAAGAACUGUCGAUGUCGGAAGAGAAUACGCGAACGGUACUCUGCAAUUCGGUCAUUCGUAUGUAUUAAAUGACCCUCGGCCCCUCUACGAAUUUGGCUACGGAAAAUCCUACUCGGAGUUCGCAUACUCGAAAAUAACGCUCUCAAAAACCAAUGCCAGUCCAACGGACAAGAUCACUGCAUCCAUCGAAAUCACAAAUAACUCCACUCGUGAUGGAACGGAGGUGGUACAACUAUACGUUCGAGACGUCAUUUCCAGUGUCGUGGUUCCCAAUAUUCAGCUCAAAGGAUUUUCAAAAGUUACCAUCGCGGCGGGAGAGACAAAGAGUGUUGAGAUUCCAAUUGAUGUUGGAGAACUGGGGCUUUGGGAUGUGAAGAUGAAGUAUGUGGUUGAGCCGGGAGAUUUUGUGGUUUUUGCGGGAAGUUCGAGUAAGGAUUUGAGGACGAAUGUUACUUUGACCGUGGGUUGAUUAGAGUAGAG